UUCUGGAUGACAACAGAGUGCCAGGAGAAACACUGUUGUUCAGGAUGAGCUCGAGCAAAGCGUAGGCAGAAAGGCUUUUAGGGAGCCUGAACGCCUCUGUGCGGAUGAUGAGCAGCAGCGCGGGGUUAGAGGCGUCGCUGCUCGACGCGCUCGGCGACGCAGACGCCAGGUGUGUAGAGUCUCUGCUGCGUGGCGGUGCCAACCCCAACAGGAUCGUCGGGGACGGAGUGGCAGCGGUGCAUUUAGCUGCAGGUAAAGAGUCUGAGAAAGGACUGCGCUGCCUCAAACUCGUUCUGCAGCACGGAGCGGAUCCGAACCUCAGGACUACUGACGAUCUGACUCCUUUACAUAUUGCUGCAUCUUGGGGGUGUUUUCAGAAUCUCAGAUUACUCUUAAGGAACGGCGGAAACCCAAACCUCACAGAUCAAGAUGGGAAUAAGCCAUCUGAUCUGGCAGAGCAGGAGGAGAACAGUAAAUGUGCUAGUCUUCUUCAAGAGUAUGAAUCCCAUACAUCCAAAGAGGAGCAAGACAUGCCCAAAUUCCAGUAUUCAAUCCUCUCUGGACAGUCCAUGAGUGACAGUUCGUUCAGUCCAGAAGCUUCAAUGCUUAUUCCCCCUGGAGCAGAACCAUUGAGCAGCACACGCCUGUCCUCUUUUCCCAGCACUUGCAGAGUCAGUGGAAAACCUUUGAUCAGAGAGAGUCAGGCCUUCUGGCUCUCAGAUAUAUCAGAUCUCGAGUCACAUGAUUCUCAUGUUUGGAAUAAAGAUGAAAUGUGUAAGGAAUUACCGAUGCUGUCUAGUACUUGUCUCUCUGCUGUGGACAAUAAGAACAAUCCAGGGGUGGUGUCGACAUAUCAGCAUCAAGCCACAGAUACUGACUGUGAUGCUUCUCAGAAUAUCCCUGUUUUGUCUCAACGGGAAAACCGGAGGAGUGUCACCUUCAAGGGAAGUAUUGAUUAUUUACCUGUUAUCAGCCCAGAUGAUCAUCAGCAGUUCUUUCUCGAUCAGUCGAGUGAUCUUACAUCGGACCUUUCUCAAUACCCAGAUUUCCUAGACACUAAGCGUAUGGCAACUGUGUUACAGAGUCAGGGAAUCGAUGUCACGUGUCCUGACGAUGUAUUCAUUUUUUCCAAAGAAGUUGACACGAUGGAAGAUGAAUUUGAUAAGACUGUUGUGGGGCAUGUACAACUUGAUGAUGAGGAUGAGGAUGAUGAUGAUGAAUUUAAGAGCAUUAUUCAGCCCCACAUCAGCAGUGGAUCCAGCGAGUACAACAGCUGUGGCAGUGACCCAUGCCUGAGCCCUAGCACUGAAAACAAUGCAAGUCCACCUUUGACCGAACCCUGUGCCCACAAAUCAGAUUUGACUGUAGAGCAGUGUGGCUUCAGAGUUAGAGAUCAAAGUCUUACUUCUGUUGGUGAUGGAAACAGACAGCUGAAAGAAGUAGUCAGGAGACAUAUUGAACAAUCGAGUUUAUCUGCAACUGGCAGAGAUGCUGGUAAGGUUGCGGUGACCAGUACUGAAACUGAUUGUAUUCCAAGUCCAUUUGUCACUGGAAGAACAAGGUCCAGAUUGAGUCGUCAUUCAGAGAGAAUGAGCCAAAAAUUGGCUUCCUUUCAAGCCAGCUCUUGCCUCUUUGAACAGACGCUGCCCACCGCUAUCCGACUGCGCCGCAACACGGUUAAGUCGCCUUAUGGUACGUCAAAGCACAGUCUUGAUAAGGACAAAAUGGAGGAUGUUGACUCCCAGUUGAGCUCUCUCAAGUUAUCUGUAAGCUCAGAUGGUCAAAGCCAAGCUGACACACUAAUCUUAUCGGACAGCAUGGCUGACACGGUGUUAAUUUUUGAAAGUAUUGUUGAAUCACAGUUGGAAACGAGUGUCAGUGAGGCUGGUAAUAAGGUAACCACUCCUGAAUGCUUGACUGGUAUGCAAGAAGUGAAGAAAACUGCAAAAGGGAUGCCACAGAUCAUCCCUACUGCUGUAGGAGACAAAGAGUCCAGUGUUACGUGUGGACUUGCCUCUCAAGGGUCUUUGCCAUUUCAGGUAGAUAACUCAGAAUCUGCCUCCAGCUUGAUGUAUGAAUCCCCAAAAGCACAGAAGAAUCCAGGUGCUAAUCCAGGGCGCUCUGGAUGUACUCCUCGGUAUAGCAUGAGCCGACUGUCAGGCCGCUCGCGACAGGCAUUGGCAAACCUUUCUUGCACAUCUGCUGGAAAGCCCUUAACUACUGAUACGGAUGAGCCUGUGGAAUACCUUUACACUGACACUGAAGAGGGCCAUGAGCUCAUUGAGACCCAUGUUCCCCCAACGGCCAAUACCUCCUUCAGCUCUAGCAUAAGCACCAAUAGCUCUGAGGACACACUGCUGUAUGAUUGGCGCUCCCUUCAGCUCGGGUCUACAAGUCCAGACCGUAGCACAGACAGCUAUCCUCCCAAACAGGAGAGUGAUGUUGGAGUAAGUGGCCUAACUGACAAGGACCUCAGAAGCAAGUUAAUUGAAAUGGGAGAAUAUCCAGGACCCAUAAACAGUCAAACCCGCCCACUGUACGUACAGAAGUUGAAGAGAUCCCUUCAGAAUACGCCACACAGCCAGAAAUCAGUCGCAGUGAGCCCCAGUGCUGCAGGUUACAGCCCAGAACUCGAAAAUGUGCUUCACAGAUUCGUACUUCCUAAUUGUCAAGCAGAUGAGCUCGCUCUGUGUGAGCAGUUUGAUAAGCCAGAUCAGAAUAAGAGAUGGCGUGAGGGUUUCAUUAAAUCCAGCUUUAACUACCUGCUGCUUGACCCACGGGUGACGAAGAAUCUACCAUAUCGAAGUCAGUCCAUGAAUCCUAAAGAAUGUUUUCAGACGUUCAUCAGUGCUGUUUUCUAUGUUGGAAAGGGCAAGCGUUCUAGACCUUACAGUCACCUCUAUGAUGCUCUGGAAUAUUUCAAAGGAGAGAAGACCUCCAAGAAACUCUGCUCAAAAGUGCAGCACAUCCUGCAGGUCUGGAAUGCAGGGCACGGAGUGAUAUCCCUGCACUGUUUCCAGAACGUCAUUGCAGUGGAAGCCUACACACGUGAGGCCUGUAUGGUGGAUGCCAUCGGGCUGAAGAUGCUCACAAACCAGAAAAGAGGAGACUACUAUGGUGUGGUGUCAACUUGGCCUGUGCGGAGAAAACGGGAGUUAGGGGUUCACCUGUUGUACAGGGCAAUGCAGAUCUUUUUGGCUGAAGGAGAACGACAGCUCCGACCUGCCGACAUCAGAUGAACCAUAACGCUGUGGCAUUACAGAAACCAUUCAGAAAUUACACUUUUGUUCACUGUUCCAAAAACAUUAGCACGUUGAUAUAGUAAUAUCAAUAAAUAUCAACGCAUUAUAAUCUGGUACUGUGCAGUGAAAAAAAGCAUUACUGUAAUAGUAAAACAAAAAAAAUACAAAACAGAAAAUCAGCUGUUCAGUUUCUAAAUAUUAUGUACCUUUUUAAUCCUUGCUUAUUGUAUUGAUGCCCUGUUUUAAUGCAGAUAAUGAGCUACAUGCAAUGUACAUAUCUUAGUAGUAGUGGUAGAUUUUUUUUAAUGCAUAUGUAGUUACAUUACAUAAAUCAUUUUGACAGUUUUUAUUUUAAUCUGUUCAUUUUAUGAAAGUAAGUAGAUAUAAAGUGACAUUUACAAUUUGUUUGCUGAAAUUUGUAUCAGUUUGUUUGAUAAAAGCUAGGCUGAUUAAGCUAGUUGUUUAUACUUGGAAAGCAAUCAUUGCAUAAAUAAAAAGUUAGAGAAAAUCUUUGAGUUUGAUUAUUUCAAUGGAAGACCAAAUAAAGGCUAAAAGUAAA